AUGGCUCCUCUUCAGCCCGGUGACUCUUUCCCCGAGGGUGUCGUCUUCUCCUACAUCCCCUGGUCUGAGGAGGCUGGCGACAUCACCGCUUGCGGUAUCCCCAUCAACUACAAGGCCUCUGAGGAGUGGAAGGACAAGAAGGUUGUCCUCUUCGCCCUUCCCGGUGCCUUCACUCCUGUCUGCUCUGCCAGACACGUCCCCGGCUACAUCGAGGCUCUCCCCAAGCUCCGUGAGAAGGGUGUCGACGUUGUUGCCGUCCUUGCCUACAACGACGCCUACGUCAUGAGCGCCUGGGGUAAGGCCAACAAGGUCACUGGCGACGACAUCCUCUUCCUGUCUGACCCUGAGGCCCGCUUCUCCAAGAGCAUCGGCUGGACUGACGCUGAGGGCCGCACCGGCCGUUACGCCAUCAUCAUCGACCACGGCAAGGUCACCUACGCCAAGCGUGAGCGUGAAAAGAACGUUCUCGAGGUCUCCGACGCCGAGUCCAUCCUCAAGGCUCUGUAA